GUUUAAAAAAAAUGUCACGUUUGUGUAUGAGUGCGCCUGCGGGCAUUUGAUUCCUAGUUUGGAAUGUUUCUAGGGUUCUACCCUUUGACACAAGCUCCUUGUUAAUGAAACUGAUUCUCCCCAGAUGGACCAUACUAUUCCAAGAGAGAAAGACGUUGAAUUUGACCUUGAAAGUGGUGGGAACACUAGCGAAGAGGAUGUAGGCAAGGAUCGUUAUGUUAGUGAUAAAGAAUCAAAGGGUGCUUUGAGCUGGGCGGGGAAUAGGACUCCGAAUAUUGAUGGAACAUAUAAGGGUAAAACUGAGAUUGAGUCAUUUAGAAAUUCUGCAAAAUCUGGAGAUGUUGUGAUUAUAGAUGAAAAUAGUUUAGAAGUGUUUAUGGAUAGGACUUUUGUUCAACAGCAAUGGUCUAAUGUACAUGGUAACCAUCACAAACAAAAGAUUAAACCUUUCCACCCCAAAAAGCCUCCAAAGCCACCCCUGCCUCCCACAGGUCCUUCACUAGAUGCUGGUGAUCAGAAGUUUGUCAAGGAUCUUGCUGAGCUUGCCUUGAGAAAGCGCGCAAGGGUUAAGAAAAUGAAAGCAGUGAGAAAGAUGAAAGCAAACAAGUCAUCAUCAUCAUCAACUUAUACCAACCUUUCUGCCAUGGUCAUUACUGUUUUCUUCUUCCUUGUAAUAAUACUCCAUGGAAUCAGAUCUGUGAGUAGUGCUAGUGUUGGGGUAAUGGAUUCCCCUGAGGCUAAAUUUGCAGCAGAUGAAGGCUUGAUUUCUGUUCGCAUUCCCACGAACUUCAACACUAAUGAAGGAAAUGUACCUGCCUCUCAUUCAUGUAUGCCUUUCUUUCCCACACAGUGUAAUUGAAGUAAACUUUUAUGCUCACUAAGGUAAUGACUUUGCAUCAAAAUUGCAGCAAUUUGAUAGUUCUCCUAGUGUCUUAUAUUGUAGCAGUUCUGCAAGAAAGAUGAUGUGCAAAUUUUGAAGGUUCUUUCCCUUUCAAUGUGAGUUUAGUCUAUUCUUUACUAGUUUGGAUUAUGUAUGUCUUCUUGUACAGCCAUUAGGAAUCUUAGCCAUUGGUCAAGUUUGCUGUAUAGUGACUUGAUUGGUAAUGUUAAUAAAAAGGAGAGUCCUGCUUAUGGAUUA